GUUCAAGACUAACAACACUUCGCGCGUUUGCCCUUUGCGGCCUAAACUUGCGUUCUGCUUUUGCCGUGCGUUUUGGUGGAGGCUACGGAAAUACUGCGGUGUUAUUACUCAUGCCAUUUGGGUCUUUGUGGUGCAGAUUAUUAACGCAUGUUACGAUUAUGCGCUGUCCAGUGGUUACAAACUUAAAGCGUGUAGUUUAGGCGAGCUGUCACACUUUUCCACAAAUACACUCGUGAAGCCGAGUCUCGGCGAUGGCUUGCAGGUAUCUUCAGAUGGGCAUGCGCCUGGAAAGAAGUUUGCUCAGGACGUUGCAUCAUUCAAGGAUUACUCGAUCCGAGAUCCAUAGCAAACUCUUGGCCCUGGAAGGCAUGCCAAUUGCUUUACCUCCACUACCCUUUUUGUUGGAGCAAUGGCAGCGGUUGUGCGAGAAGCCACCUAAGGGAUUCGAGAAAUAUUUUCCGGGAUCCAAAAAAAGCCCUCCCGAAGGAACACCACAACGGGCGGGAGAGAAUGCAACAAACAAAGAGCUUCCGAAAGAUGCUCCUUCUCAGGGUGGGUCUCAGCCGAAACCGGGUGCGAGCUCCAAACCUCCACAAUGGAAUUUCAGCUUUGGGGGUCAAGGAAACAGGAGUGGACGCAACCCAUUCAAUCCAGACGACCAAAACCGAAUGAUGACGGUCGCCCUGGUUACGACGUUGGGAAUCCUGGGGCUCCUUGCAUUCAACGAGAUGCGCUACAAGGAGAUCACUUGGAAGGAGUUUGUCAAUGCCUACUUGGCUCGUGGCAUUGUUGAGAAGCUUGAAGUGAUCAACAAAAAAUGGGUUCGCGUUCGACUACUUCCGGGCAACCAGAUUGACGGAAAUAAUGUGCUCUGGUUUAACAUUGGGAGUGUAGACACCUUUGAGAGGAACCUAGAAAAUGUCCAGCUAGAGUUCAAUGUUGAACCUCCCAACUUUGUCCCAGUCAUCUACAAGAAUGAAAUGGAUGGGUCAAGCGUCAUUGGUGUCUUGCCCACCUUGCUUCUCUUCGGCUUCCUGUUCUGGACGAUGCGUCGGUCGGCCGGUUUUAUGGGGGGUGGUGGCGCCAGGCGGGGUGGCGGCAUCUUUGGCAUGGGAGAAACCACGGCCAAGCUCAUCAACCCCAAUGAUAUUGGGGUCAAGUUCAAAGAUGUAGCUGGCUGUGAGGAAGCUAAAGUGGAGAUCAUGGAAUUUGUGAACUUCCUCAAAAACCCCCAGCAGUACACUGAGCUUGGUGCCAAGAUACCCAAGGGUGCCAUACUGACUGGACCUCCAGGCACAGGCAAGACUCUGCUUGCCAAGGCCACUGCAGGGGAGGCGAACGUUCCGUUCAUCACUGUCUCGGGCUCCGAGUUCCUGGAGAUGUUUGUCGGUGUGGGGCCUUCUCGGGUGCGGGAUAUGUUCUCAAUGGCCCGCAAAAAUGCCCCGUGCAUUCUUUUUAUUGAUGAGAUCGAUGCCGUUGGCCGCAAACGGGGUGGCCGCAGUUUCGGUGGCCACAGCGAACAGGAGAACACUCUGAACCAGCUUCUAGUCGAAAUGGAUGGUUUCAACACUACCACAAACGUUGUGGUGCUGGCUGCAACCAAUAGAGUGGACAUUCUCGACCAGGCUCUCUUGAGGCCCGGUCGCUUUGACCGGCAGAUAUUUGUACCUGCACCAGACAUCAAAGGACGCGCCUCCAUUUUUAAGGUGCACUUGAAUCCACUCAAGACUCUCUUGGAAAAGGCGGCAUUGGCCCGGAAAAUGGCUGCUCUGACGCCAGGAUUUACAGGAGCGGAUAUUGCCAAUGUCUGCAACGAAGCUGCACUCAUUGCUGCCAGGGACCUCAACGACAGCAUCAACAUGAAACAUUUUGAACAAGCCAUUGAACGAGUCGUUGCUGGCAUGGAGAAGAAGACAAAUGUUCUACAACCUGAAGAGAAGAAGACAGUGGCAUACCACGAAGCUGGACAUGCCGUGGCAGGCUGGUUUCUGGAGCAUGCUGAUCCCUUGCUCAAGGUGUCCAUCAUUCCACGUGGGAAAGGCUUGGGCUAUGCACAGUACCUUCCCAAGGAGCAGUAUCUCUACACCACUCAGCAGCUUUUUGAUCGUAUGUGCAUGACGUUGGGAGGCAGGGUGUCUGAGCAGAUUUUCUUUGGCAAGAUCACAACAGGCGCCCAAGAUGAUCUGAAGAAGGUCACACAGAGUGCUUAUGCUCAAGUGGUCCAGUUUGGCAUGAACGAAAAGGUUGGCAACCUCAGCUUUGACAUGCCUCAGCCUGGGGACAUGGUACUGGACAAGCCAUACAGUGAGGAGACUGCGCAGAUGAUUGACUCUGAAGUGCGCAAGAUGGUGCAGCAGGCCUACGACCACACCAUGACACUCCUCACAGAGCAUAAGGCUGAUGUGGAGAAGAUUGCCAAGCGACUCCUCGAGAAGGAAAUCCUUAGCCGGGAGGACAUGAUUGAACUCCUGGGCAAGCGGCCCUUCCCAGAAAAAUCUACGUACGAAGAGUUUGUCGAAGGCACAGGCUCCUUCGAGGAGGACACGACCCUCCCAAAGGGUCUCGAGUCUUGGAACAAGGGCCCAGAGGACGAAGCAAAGCUCAAAAAGCCCCCUUCAGACAAAGAGAAAGACGAGCAGUCUGCCAGCACGUGACCAUUUCACAGUCUUUGACCUCCGAGCUAUUUCUUUUCUUUUUUUUAAUUUUAGCUAAGUAAUCUUUAGGAGUAUUCCAACCAUCAAGUGUUGAUUUAGGCAAGGCAUUUGUUUUUGCCAGCGCGUACAGAACGUGCAGGUCAUUUUUUGUCAGUGCUUUUCAGUGGCUACUCUGCUGAAUAGCAGAUUAGGAAAAUAAAGUGCAAAUGAAAUUUAGAAAAAAAAAAACGUUCAGUUGUGUACAAUCCUUUGCACUGUUGCAUCUACAUCUGUUACGCACCAAGUUAUAGUUAAUAAAUGGCUCCUUUUAUUUGUUGCAUAUUUGAAACAGUAUAUUUUGCUUGUUAUUUGAACUGUCAGCCCUAAUUAGGUGAGAAGUUACAGGGCUAAAAUAAUUCUGUUCCUGCAUGUGGGUUCUAGUGUGAACCUGAAUUUUUCAUUUUAUUCUUGAAUAAAAUGCGUAGACUGCAUUCAAAGGCAAUGUCAAUCCUCCGAGGAUGCAAGAAAAAUAAACAAAUUACAACAUCA